AUGUUUUUUAUCACUUCCAUUUCCAUGAUUCCUUAUCACAAUUUAAACAUUAUAACCCUUAAUUCCAAGGUUAUUUUACACACUAAGAGAUAUUUUACACAUUAUCGAUUCCAUAAAAGAGUUGGCAAAGGAAACUGGAACAGAUAUGUUGAAAGAUACACAAAACCGGCUUCAAUCGAAAAUACCCAGCCUAUCCACUUUAACUACAAGGCCUCUUAUCAAUCAACUAAAAAUUCCCUAUCCUACCUAUGGGAUUUACCUAAAAAAAUAGCUGCAGCAACCUCAUCAAAUAAACUUUUAGAAUCAUGGAUUUAUUACAGACAUAAGAGGAAGAAACUUUAUCACUACGUUCUCGCGUUAAAACGUCUAAACGAGAUUAAAGAAGUAGAUAUAUCAGACUGGAGAUUUAAACUUAUAGUUAAAAAGGUUAUUAAAAGAUCGAGAUACUUUACAGGUAUAUUCAGUCAACAAAAUUCUCACGAAUUUUCAGAUUUGCCCACUGUUUGUUUAUAUUUGGGUAAUUUAAAGUGUGUGGAUGCUAUUGAAAAGGUCACAUAUCAUCUGAUUGAAAGAAUGGAAUACUAUUCACCACUCCAACUAGGAAGAAUAUGCUCGGCGUUCUCAUCGUGCAGGAUUUUUAAUAAAUACCUGUUUUCUCUCGUUGCCACCAGGUUCAUCUCGCUUAUUGAUAUCGCAGAAAACGCUUCAAUUUUGGCUGUAGCAAGAGUAAUCUUACAAUUUGCUUUUUCAAACUGCAUGGUUUAUAAUUUCAGACUUUUUAACUCUGUGUCACUUGAGUUCCUCAGAAGAUUGAGCAAUGACAUUGCUCACUCAAAAGAGCGACAAAUCAACUGUAGCCACCUCAUGUUCUCCUUUAAAACAUCACACAGACCACCCAACGUUGAUCAACUAGUUAAUUUAGUGCCUUUAGCUGAGUCUUUUGGUAUUUCAAAGUACAAGGAUUUGAAUUACUUUGAAACCCUAUCAAAUGUCCUAAUAGAUAACCUGAACACUUGUGAAAUCGUAGAACCAUCGAUCAUCUCAAGAGCCAUCUCAGUUUACAAUAAGCUUAAAAUAAACGAUGUACAACUACUUGAAAUCGUAAUGAUUUUAUUUUAUUUGUGUUGGAUAAGGUUUAUUCUAAGCCAUAUAACUUUCCUCCAGUUCAGUAAAUCUCAUAGCAUCGCAUCUAUCAUGAAGGAUAUCUCAUCAAUGAUUCCAAGAGGUUUGAAUCUUCAUACAGAGUUGACCGAUAUUGCAAUAUUUGCCAAAAACACUGGUUUAGCAAACGUUGAAUUAAUUAAUUCUAUCCAAAAUAGUGUACUGAAAAACUCAGUUAAAGACCAAAGCCCAGACUACGACUGUCCUAGACUGUUUGAGAUUUUAUCCUCAAAGUCAAAUUUAACUGAAGAUAGUUUUAAACUCUUCUGCCUGUAUUCAAGAAGACUCUUGAAUAAGUUUGAGCCAUGUGACUUCCUGAGAGUUUCAAGAUUACUGAGGAGACAUAAGGGAUUAAAUACUAAUGUCAUACUUCCUAAUCUAAUGGGCAUUAGGCUAGCUGAACUCAAUGGAGAGUUUAGUACUUAUCAGUACAACUGUGUAGCUAGGGACCUUACGUUAUCAGGUAAGGUACAAGAGGGUAUUUUGGCCGAGGUUUGGAGAAAAAACACGUACAACAAAGGGUUUAAACCACCAAGCUUGUAA